UCCGAGUUCUUGUAAAGUUUGCCCGCGUACCGGUUACGCAGUUUGCGCGUGUAAUAACGGAAAUUGUUCACAUUGUAUUAUCAAACGUUUCUUGCAUCUUGUGAACUCAAAGACUUCGACUUGCGGAGCAUUUUGAGAAAUUGAUCAAGAUGGCCGACGUGUCGGAGGAAGUGCCGAUCAAGGAUGCCGCAACAGCAAUCUCUCAGGGUAAACGCCACCUCCUGGUACGCGAUUAUCAUCUCGCAGUAGCCGUCUUAGCUCGUGCGUGCGAGCUUCUUGCUCAGGAGCAUGGAGAGACCGGCGACGAGAUGGGUGAACUCUAUCUACUUUACGGACGAGCUCUUUUGGGUCUGGCACGUGAAGAAGCGGGAGUGUUAGGCGGUGGUGUACCCGGAUCCGAGGAAGUCAGUCAGGAUGAGCAAGGUGAAGAUGAGGAGGAAGAAAAUGAGGAGGGAGCUACAACCGAAGGUAAUCAUACAGAAAGUAGCUCUUGCACAUCAAAUGGCAAAGAAGAUGAUAAGCAAGAGACAAAGGAUGAGGAAAAAGAGGAUGAAGAGCCAAAGGACUCAAAAGAUACGAAAGUUGAAGAAUCUGAGGAAGGACUCGAAAAGGAUGAAAAGAAGGAAGAGUCUAAUAAAAUGGUGGACAAUAAGAUUGAAGAACAGAACAAGCAAAGAGAAGAAAUUCCUGGUUGUAGUCGAGAUUUUGAUUUGCAUAAUGGCGAAGCUUCUGGUAGUGGAAUGAACAGAAAAAAAGAAGAUGAGGAUGAAGAGGCGGAAGAAGAGGAUGUUGAAAAGGAAAAUGACGAGGAAAAUGACGAAAUCAACAAUCUACAGAUUGCAUGGGAAGUCUUAGAACUAGCGAAAUUGGUGCUAGUAAAGCGCGGACCUCCGGGCUGGAAGUUUUUGGCUGAAGCUUACCGUCUUCUGGGCGAAGUUGCGAUGGAGGGUAGUAACCAUGAGAGUGCGCUGAUCGAUUUCAAGGCCUGUUUGAAUCUUCUAGAAAAAAUGACUCCACGCGACCAUCGUGCGAUCGCCGAGAUCCAUUAUCAGCUCGGGUUGGCGCACGCGAUGGCAAACAACUUUGACAUCAGCAUUGAACAAUUCAACCAAGCGUCUGCGCUGUUGGAAGCAAAAAUUGUGCAUUUGAAGACUUUGCAAGAUGAUCCACCCCAAUCUGAUGAUCCAUUCUACACCGUUGAAGGGGAAAUCAAAGAACUGCAGGAACUUCUUCCAGAGAUUCAAGAAAAAAUCACAGACAUCAAUGAUUUGAAGAAAGAAGCUAAUGUACUCAAAGAAAUUAAGGAAGAGAGACUGAAUGGAUGUUCUAGUGAUGGUGAAGCGAAUGAGGCUUCUGGAAGUGGUAGUAGUAGUAGUAAGUCGAAACCUGCCAGCGAUAUAUCGCAUCUGGUAAGGAAAAAGCGCAAAGCGGAGGACGAAGAGGAGACUGCUUCACUUUGCAAGAAACCGAUGCAGGAAAAGGACAUAGCGUGAAAAGUACGAAUAUCUGUUUUUUCAUGAUAACCAGACUGAUUUGAACUCUGAUAAAACUAAAAAUUGUUGAUAUUUUUCUCAAUAAUAUAAAAAAAGUAUUUGCUGCUGUAUAAAAAUUCAAUGUUUUUUUUACAGAAAUAACAAUUUGCUACUCAGUGAAUUUAUUUCCAAUGUAUCAGUAGAAAUAAUCUUUAGACUGCCAACAAAUGAUAUACAUUAGAAAUUCGGCACUUAAAAUUGUUUUUUGAUAUCAUAAACACAAGAACUGUUUUAUAGUUGCAUCUUGUCGCGUACUAUCAAGAAAGAUAUUUGAUAUUUUUCUUGAUAAUGGAUAUUUAUUGCUGUACAAAGGCAAAGUAACGUUUUCUGAUAAAGAUGAUUUUAGGGUAUGUUCCAUUUAACAUUUGAUGACAACAAGGAUGAUAUUGAUGCUCGCAAGCAUUGCAAACGUUAAGUAGUACGCAUCCUUAAUAAUUAAUAGAAUUUGUGGAAGAAUAUAAAUCUAAUAAUAAUAUUUACCUUAUUUUAACUAUAGGUUAUAAUCCAUUUGAUGCUACAUUUGAUAUUACAUUUGAUGAUUACUUUGAAGCAUUUUUUGAUUGGUCAGUUAGUAAAAUUCUUUCUUUCGAUUAAUCAAUCAAAUAUGUGCAUUUGUAGCACUAAAUGGUUCGCACUCUGUAAACAUUUGUCAUAAAUUUAUUAAAUUAAAUUCUGUUAUAUCGAAAUAUAUUAAAUUCUACACAAUUCGUCCAAGGUUAGAGUUUGAAGCUCUGAAUUAAUUUUGGAGAAAAACUUGAUAUGAUUUAAAAAUAUUUAACAUAUUAAUGAUAAUUUGUCGCAAUCAAAGCUGAGUAUUAAGAACGGUGUGCGUGUGAACAUAUUUUUUUAUUUGAAGACAUUAGGAAAGCUAUUAUGGAACUAUUCGGAGAAGUUUCCAAAAAUAGAUUAAAGGCCGGUUGUUCCAUCUUUUGGUAAAUUUUACUGCUGGGUAAGUAGCAAGAUUACCCAAUCACAUACGCGGAUUACCAGAUUUACCUUAUAGAUAAAAUUUACCAAAAGGUGGAACAACCGGCCCUAAGAGUAGUUAAUCUACUUUGGGCAAUAUUCAAAAUUAAGAAAUCUUUCGCAAACGAAAACUUUAAGUGUAUCAAAUUUCUUUAAUCUAAUAGUCAUUUAUCUUUGUUGUUUAUUAAAUUUUGAAAAAGAUCCAUGGUAAUCUAAAGAGAUAUAUAAACAGAAAUUGUCACGUUUUCUCAGCACCCGACAUAGUUCCAUAAUAUUUCCAGAGGAUAUGCUACAAUGUAUUUAUUCUAGUUUAGCUGAAUAGCGGUAACACACAGUACUGUUUUGAACUGUAGAUAUAAGAAUUCAAAUAGAAGUGAUUGUUUGUGUACGAAUAUCACGUAAAUAAAUGUUAAAGCAAUGUCUUUUUUAUUCA